AUGUCGCGCUUUUUCGCCGCCAGCGACAGCUCCUCGGACGAGUCCAGCGAGGAGGAGCUCUACUCCAACGAUGAGGCAUCCGAGCAGGAAGACUCCGAAGUCGACUCCGACGACGACUCUGGCGACUCGGACUCGUCGUCUGGCUCCGAGACGGGUGCCAACCGCUUCUUGAAGGACGUCAGCAGCGACAGCGAGAGCGACAACGAAGAUGACACCAAGCCGUUGAAGAGCGCCAAGGACAAGCGCUUCGACGAGCUCGAGGCUGUCGUGAGGCAGAUUGAGAACGCGCAGCGGAUCAACGACUGGGCCGUCAUCUCAGACCACUUUGACAAGCUGAACCGCCUGGUCCCCACCCUGAUCAAGCAGAACGAUGGCAAGGUCCCCAAGAUGUACAUCCAGACCAUCGCCGACCUCGAGACCACUGUUCUCGAGACCCACGAGAAGCAGAAGGUCACCCCCAAGAAGAUGAACGCCAUCAACCAGCGUGGUUUCAACGCCAUCCGCCAGAAGGUCAAGAAGCACAACCGCGACUACCAGCGCGACAUCGACUCGUACAGGGAGAACAAGGAAGAGUUCAUGAAGGAGGUCGAGGUCGUCGAGCAGGCGCCUAAGGAGAAGAAGAAGAAGGACAAGAGCAGGAUCGCGCAGCUCGGCACCGAGACUGUCAUUGACGCCGGCGAUGACGGCUUCGUUACCGUCGGCGCCGGCGGCAAGGCCGUUCAGUACACGGCAGAGGGCAUCCUCAAGCAGCUGCGAUCCAUUGUUGAGCAGCGUGGACGCAAGAACACAGACAAGCUCGAGCAGAUCCGCACAAUGGAGAAGUUGUUCGACGUUGCAGUCAACGACUACCAGCGAAUCCGCGUUCUGCUGACGCUCAUUUCUACCCGCUUCGACUUGACAUCAGGUACCGCCAGCCACAUGCACCAGGAGCAGUGGAAGCUGGCUGACCAAGAGUUCGGCAAGCUUCUGCAGAUCCUUGAGAACAGCAACGAGAUUGUUGUCGUUGAAAACGCCGAGGAGUGGGAGGACGACGAAAAGACGCCUACCAUCGAGGACGGUCAGAUCUUCAAAAUUCCCGGCAGCGUUGUCUCCUUCGUCGAGAGGCUUGACGAUGAGCUUACCCGCUCUCUUCAGCACAUCGACCCCCAUACCGCCGAAUACGUCGAGCGUCUCAGAGACGAGAGUGCGUUGUAUGCUCAGCUUGUGCGUGCAUCGAUCUACGUCGACAGCCUGCAGAAGAGGGAGGGUAUCGAGGUCCCUCAGGAAUCCGCCAACCGUGUAGUCAUACGCCGAUUGGAGCACGUUUACUUCAAGCCUUCGGCUGUUGUCCAAAUUCUGGAGACCAAGACGUGGGAGUCGAUCCCAUCCACCCUCGACUCCGACACCACUCCCCGCUCUCUUUCCAACGACACAUCCUCGCUCGUCCAAACACUCUGCACAUACCUCUUCAAGCACAGUGAGGGUAUCAUCCGCGCGAGGGCGAUGCUUUGCCAGAUCUACUUCUUGGCUCUGCACGACCAGUACUACAAGGCCCGUGACAUGAUGCUCAUGUCCCACUUGCAGGAGACGAUCAGCAACUUCGACGUCAACACCCAGAUCCUUUUCAACCGCUCGCUCGUACAGGUUGGUCUCUGCGCUUUCCGCGCUGGCCUGGUCUACGAGGCCCAGACCUCACUCCAGGAGAUCUGCGGCAGCAACAGGCAGAAGGAGCUUCUUGCACAGGGUCUGCAGAUGCAGCGCUACUCGCAGAUCUCACCCGAGCAGGAACGUCUUGAGCGCCAGCGCCAGCUCCCCUUCCACCUCCACAUCAACCUCGAGUUGCUUGAGUGCGUCUACCUGACCUGCUCCAUGUUGCUCGAGAUUCCUCUCCUCGCACAGCUCGGCUCGUCGCCUGACCUCAGGAAGCGCGUCAUCAGCAAGACCUACCGCCGUCUCUUAGAAUACCAUGAGCGCCAGAUCUUCACUGGUCCCCCGGAGAACACCCGCGACCACGUCAUGCAGGCCUCCAAGGCCCUGUCUGCCGGCGAGUGGAAGAAGGCCGCAGAGUUCAUCAACUCCAUCAAGAUCUGGGAACUCACGGCCAACGCUGAGCAGAUCAAGGAUAUGCUCUCCGCGCAGAUCCAGGAAGAGGGUCUGAGAACCUACCUCUUCACAUACGCGCCCUACUACGACACACUGGCCAUCUCUACCCUGGCCGAUAUGUUCGAAUUGAGCGAGCGUAAGAUCAGUGCUAUCGUCAGCAAGAUGAUCUCGCACGAGGAGCUUGGUGCGGCUCUGGACCAGGUUAACAGCGCCGUCAUCUUCCGCAAGGGCGUCGAGCUGUCCCGUCUCCAGACCCUGGCUCUCAGCCUCAGCGACAAGGCGUCUGGCCUCAUCGAGUCCAACGAGAAGACGCUCGAGCAAAGAACACAAGGCACAGCCCACGCAUUCGAGCGACAAGGCGGCCGCGGCGGUCGUGGUGGCGGCCGUGGUGGACGUGGCGGCCGUGGAGGCGGCGGUGGACCAAGGGGAGGCAGGAAUCAGCAGUUCACAGGCGGUGCUUUGGGACGCGCCAUCCAGGCCUAG